UGCCAGUCCAAACGUUAUCGGUCGUCCAUUCGCGGUGAUUCUGUUUUGUUGAUCUUUGUUAUCUCAGCGAUUUAUGUGUCCGUCUGUUAUUUCGUGAAUGUACUAAAGAUACAUUUUCAUACCUUGUGCUCACAGGUUUUUUUAUAAGUUUACGAUCUGUCUUAGUUGUCGGUUAUAACUAUUAAUAACAUAUUUGUUAUUUAUUGCUGUUCGCGAUUCGUUUCGAUCGUUCGCGCCUUAAUUGAUAUUGUUCGUUCGCGGACGUUUCAUUUUGAAUUGUGUUGCGUUUUAUUUUUUUCAGUUUUCCCUUUUUCUAGUGACGAUUAUGCCAAUGUAUAAUUUAUAAUUGUCAUAUAUUAUAGUCGUUAGUGAAUAAACCGCAAAAUGCCGCCGGUGUUGAAAUGCAUCGAAAUGGACAACUUCAAGUCCUACAGGGGCCAUCAUAUGAUUGGUCCCUUGAAGAACUUUACGGCUGUCAUUGGACCCAACGGUUCGGGUAAAUCAAAUUUUAUGGACGCUAUAAGUUUUGUGAUGGGUGAAAAAACUACUAGUCUUCGAGUGAAACGUCUCAGUGAUCUCAUACACGGUGCUUCAGUCGGACAACCUGUUUCUCGCAGUGCUAGUGUAACUGCAGUUUUCAAAAUGGACGCCGAAGGAACUGAAAAACGAUUUACUAGGACUGUACAAGGAUCGUCUUCUGACUAUCGAAUUAAUGAUGAAUCUAUUUCAAAUCAAGAAUAUUUUGCUCAUUUGGAACAGAUAGGAGUAAAUGUGAAAGCAAAAAAUUUUUUGGUAUUCCAAGGUGCAGUUGAAUCGAUUGCUAUGAAAAAUCCUAAGGAAAGAACAGCUCUGUUUGAAGAAAUCAGUGGUUCCGGUGCAUUAAAAGAAGACUAUGAUAAAUUGAAAGCAGAAGUUAUGAAAGCGGAAGAAGAAACCAAUUUUACUUACUUAAAGAAAAGAGGAGUUGCUGCUGAACGUAAAGAAGCUAAACUUGAGAAAGAAGAAGCAGAAAAGUAUCAGAAGCUUAAAGAUGAAUUGGCUCUAAAAGAAGUGGAAUAUCAGUUGUUUCGUUUGUAUCAAAAUGAAAAUAUGAUAAAAAAUUAUGAAUUAGAUUUAGAAGACCGCAAAAAAGAAGUUGCUAAAAUAGAAGCUAAAAAGGAGAAAGCUGAAGAAGUUGUUAAGGAAAAGAAAAAAGAACAAGGCAAGGCUAGUCGUGAUUUAGCUAAGGUUGAACAAGAAAUCAGAGAAAUUGAAGUAGAGAUAAAUAAAAAACGCCCUUCAUUUAUCAAAUCAAAAGAAAGAGUUGCACAUAUUCGUAAAAAGUUGAAUACAGCGAAAAAAUCAUUAGCUGAAGUAGUUAUGGCUAAUGAUGCUCAUAAAAAAGAUAUCGAUGAAUUGGAAGCUGAACUUAAAGAAGUUGAAAAACGACGACAUGAUUAUGAAGAACAAGUGGCUGGGGAAAGUCACAGUCAAGGAAGAGAUGUACAAUUGGAAGAUGCUCAGGUGGCAGAGUACAAUCAUUUGAAAAUUGAAGCUCGUAAACAAUCAGCUCUCUAUUUACAAGAACUAGAUUCUAUCAACAGAGAACAAAAAGCUGACCAGGACAGGUUAGAUAAUGAAUUGCGCUUAAGGUCUGAACUUGAGAACAAAAUAAAGCAGAAAACCCAUGAAAAAGAAGAAGCCCAAAAACGAGUUGAUAAAUUAACCGAGCACAUUAAAAGUAGUGAAAAUUCAUUGGAAGAACAAAGACGUUUAUAUGAAGAAUUACGAAAAGAUGUAGGUUCAUCAAAAGAUAAAGUAUCCAAGCUACAAAGGGAUUUAGAUAAUGUCACUGAACAGUUAGGUGAUGCAAAAGUAGAUAAACAUGAUGAUAACAGGCGUAAAAAGAAACAAGAAUUAGUUGAAAACUUCAAAAAAGCAUAUCCUGGUGUGUAUGAUCGUUUAAUCAACAUGUGUCAUCCGAUCAGCAAUCGUUAUAAUGUAGCGAUCACUAAAGUGUUGGGAAAAUACAUGGAAGCAAUUAUUGUAGAUUCUGAGAAAACAGCACGUUUAUGUAUUCAAUACUUGAAAGAUCACAUGCUGGACCCUGAAACUUUUUUGCCCAUUGAUUAUUUACAAACAAAACCACUUAAGGAAAGACUGCGAAAUAUUAGUCGGCCACACAAUGUUAAGCUUAUGUAUGAUGUUUUAGAAUUUGAUUCUGAAAUUGAUAGAGUAGUUUUGUUUGCAACCAACAAUGCUCUAGUAUGUGAAUCGCCUGAAGACGCUAACCAUGUGGCUUAUGAACUUGAGAGAGAUGGAAGAUAUGAUGCUGUAGCCUUAGAUGGAACAUUUUACCAAAAAUCUGGUAUUAUAUCUGGUGGUAGUUUGGAUUUAGCUCGUAAAGCUAAGCGUUGGGAUGAAAAACAUAUGACUCAAUUAAAGGCUUCCAAAGAAAAAUUAUCAGAAGAAUUACGUGAUGCAAUGAAAAAAUCGCGUAAGGAGUCUGAAUUGAAUACUGUUGACUCUCAAAUUAAAGGUUUAGAUAUGAGACUCAAAUACGGAAAAACAGAUAAAGAAAAUACUCUCAAACAAAUUCGAGAUUUAGAAAAAGAAUUAAAAUUCUUAGAAAACAAAUUAGAAGGAAGUGGACCUCGUAUUGAAGAAAUUGAAAGAACCAUGAGAACUCGUGAUAUUGAAAUCCAAUCCAUGCGUGGUCGCAUGAAUUCAGUUGAGGAUGAUGUGUUUGCUGAUUUUUGUCGUCAAAUUGGUAUGACUAAUAUCCGUCAUUAUGAAGAACGUGAACUGAGGUCACAACAAGAAAGAGCUAAAAUUCGUUUGGAGUUUGAAAAUCAGAAAAAUCGAAUUAUGAGUCAACUAGAUUUUGAACGUACAAAGGAUACACAAAAUAAUGUAACACGUUGGGAGAGAGCAGUUCAUGAUGACGAAGAUGAACUGGAACGUGCUAAGCAGGCCGAGCAAAAGCAAAUGUCUGAAAUUGAAAUGGAUAUGAAAGAGGUGGAUAGGCUUAAAGCUCAACGUCAAACAAAAAAACAAGAAGUAGAUCAAAUGGAUGAAGUUAUCAGCAAAGCAAGAAAAGAAGUUGGAGCAAUAGCUAAAGAUAUUCAAGCAGCUCAAAAACAAGUCACUAAUUUGGAAAAUAAAGUUGAAAUGCGUCGAGCUGAUCGACAUGCAAUUUUAACUCAUUGUCGGAUGGAAGACAUAAAUAUACCUUUAUUACAAGGUAAUUUAGAAGACAUUAUUCAAGAACAAUCUGUAAAUAAUUCUGAUGAACAAGGACGGGAUAGUACAGUUAAUACACAAGAAAUUUAUGAUCAAGAAGCCAGAAUUACUGUUGAUUAUUCAACAUUACCUGAUCAUCUUAAAGAUUUAGAAGAUCCAGACGAUAUUAAAAAAAUAACUGAUAAAAUGGCUAAAACAAUGGCUGAACAAACAAUGAAACUGCAAAAGAUUCAUGCUCCCAAUUUCAAGGCGAUGCAAAAAUUAGAUCAAGCCAGAGAAAAAAUGCAAGAAACUGACCGUGAAUUUAAUAGUGCCAGGACUCGUGCAAAGAAAGCCAAACAGAACUUUGAACGUAUCAAGAAAGAGAGGCACAACAAAUUCACUGAAUGCUUUGAGCAUGUUGCCAAUGAGAUUGAUUUAAUAUAUAAAGCAUUGUCUAAAAACCAGUCAGCUCAGGCUUUCUUAGGACCUGAAAAUCCAGAAGAACCUUAUUUGGACGGCAUAAACUACAACUGUGUAGCUCCUGGAAAACGAUUUCAACCUAUGUCCAAUUUGUCUGGAGGAGAGAAGACAGUUGCUGCAUUAGCUUUAUUAUUUGCUAUUCAUAGUUAUCAGCCAGCUCCAUUUUUUGUACUUGAUGAAAUAGAUGCAGCUUUGGAUAAUACAAAUAUUGGUAAAGUUGCUUCUUACAUUCUUCAGAAGAAAACUAAUUUACAAACUAUUGUUAUAUCAUUGAAAGAAGAAUUUUUCCAUCAUGCUGAUGCUCUAGUUGGCAUUUGUCCUGAUGAAGGACAGUGUUUAAUCAGUAAAGUGAUAAUGUUGGACCUUGCAGAGUACCCUUUAGCUGAAAAUGAUGAAAAUCCAGCAUUUACAUUGCGUUAAUCAUAACAUUUAUCAUAAUGCCUGAAAAUAAAUGUAUAGCAAAUGUCUGAAUUUAAACUUCAUAAAAACUUUUUACAAAAUGAAAUUCAAUAUUAUAUUAUUUUAGCUAUUUAAGAUUUUAUUUUAACUAUUAAAUAUUUAAUUUAGAAACAAAUAGGUUAAGGUUUGUAUCUAAUAACUGAAUUUUUUAUAAUGAUUAUUACCAUUAAAAAGAAAAAAGUUAUUUUAAUUCUAGUGUAUGAUGAUUCACCAGUUAUAUUUAUUAAACUUUUUUUUUGUAUUGGAAAUAAGUGUGUCAAACUGUCAAUGUAUCACUAUUAUACUUCAUGUAGUUAGAAUUACAUUACUAUUUUAUUUUAUUCACUGUAAAAUAAUUAAUAAAAAUAACAUACGUUUUUUUAAAAGGUA